AUCCCCAAAAUCCCCAUUUUUUGACCCCAAACUCCCGGAAUCAUCCCCAAAAUCCUGAUUUUUUUGACCCCAAACUCCCAGAAUCAUCCCCAAAAUCCCCAUUUUUUUACCCCAAACUCCCAGAAUCAUCCCCAAAAUCCCCAUUUUUUUACCCCAAACUCCCGGAAUCAUCCCCAAAAUCCCCAUUUUUUGACCCCAAACUCCCAGAAUCAUCCCCAAAAUCCCGAUUUUUUCAGUUGAAACUCCUGCAAACCUCCCCAAAAUCCCAAUUUUUUGACCCAAAACUCCUGCAAACCUCCCCAAAAUCCCGAUUUUUUGACCCAAACUCCCAGAACCAUCCCCAAAAUCCCCAUUUUUUGACCCAAAACUCCUGGAAUCAUCCCCAAAAUCCUGAAUUUUUUCAGCUAAAACUCCUGCAAAGAUCCCCAAAAUCCCGAUUUUUUGACCCCAAACUGCCAGAAUCAUCCCCAAAAUCCCAAUUUUUUGACCCAAAACUCCUGCAAACCUCCCCAAAAUCCUGAUUUUUUCAGCUAAAACUCCUGCAAAGAUCCUCAAAAUCCCAAAUUUUUGACCCAAAACUCCUGCAAACCCCAAAAUCCUGAUUUUUUCAGCUAAAACUCCUGCAAAGAUCCUCAAAAUCCCAAUUUUUUGACCCCAAACUCCCGGAAUCAUCCCCAAAAUCCCCAUUUUUUGACCCCAAACUCCCAGAAUCAUCCCCAAAAUCCCCAUUUUUUGACCCCAAACUCCUGCAAACCUCCCCAAAAUCCCCAUUUUUUGACCCCAAACUCCUCCCUCCUUCGCCAUUCCCAAAUUCCCUCUCCGAGCUGGGGAAAAAAAACCAAAAAAACUCGGGAUUAAAAGGGAAUUUAAACCCCUCGGGAAUUCCGCAGCCCGGGAGCUCCCCCCGCAAUUCCAAGGUGGAAUUUUGUUGUUUUUUUCCCUUUUCCCGGCUCCUCCCUCGGCUCCUCCUCCCCCAAAUCCCUCCCACUUUUGGGGUGUUUUUUUUCCCCCCUCUGGAUUUCCGAGCUUUUCCCGGCUGCUUUUCCCUAAAAACCCAAGGAAAUUCCUGCAAUUCCCAUUCCCGGCCCGAUCCAGGAUGGCCGGGAAAUGCGGAGCGUGCGGGCCGGGCUACGCCAGCCCUCUGGAAGCCAUGAAAGGACCCCGGGAGGAGCUGCUGUACGUGCCCUGCAUCUACCGGAACACCGGGAUCGGCCUUCCCGACUUCCUGGCCACCGUGGAUGUGGAUCCCAACUCCCCUCAGUACUGCCAGGUGAUCCAUCGCCUGCCCAUGCCGCACGUGGGCGACGAGCUGCACCACUCGGGCUGGAACAGCUGCAGCAGCUGCCACGGGGACCCCGGCAAAUCCCGGGAUUUCCUCAUCCUGCCCGCCCUCGCCUCCUCCCGCAUCUACGUCGUGGACGUCCGCAGCGACCCCCGGGCGCCGCGCCUCCACAAGGUGGUGGAAGCUGAGGAGCUGUCGCGCAAGGCGGGCGCCGCGUUCCCGCACACCUCGCACUGCCUGGGCUCCGGGGAGAUCCUCAUCAGCUGCCUGGGGGAUCCGCAGGGCAACGGCAAAGGCACUUUCGUGCUCCUGGACGCAGAAACCUUCGAAGUGAAGGGGAAUUGGGAAGAAGGAGGAGAAAUCCCCGAGCUGGGUUACGACUUCUGGUACCAGCCCCGGCACAACGUCCUGCUCAGCACCGAGUGGGGCGUCCCCAGGGCCCUGGAGCGCGGCUUCCGCCCCCAGGACGUGCAGGAAGGGCUCUACGGGCGGCACCUCAACGUCUGGGACUGGCGGCGGCGGCGCCUGCGGCAGCGCCUGGACCUGGGCGCGGGCUCUGUGCCGCUGGAGAUCCGCUUCCUGCACCGGCCCUGCGCCGCCCGCGGCUUCGUGGCCUGCGCCCUCAGCGGGGACGUGCGCGCCUUCCGCGGCGACGCGGAAGGAGAAUGGGAAGUGGAGAAAGUGAUCCAGGUGCCCAGCAAGAAAGUCCAGGGGUGGCUGCUCCCGGAGAUGCCAGCGCUGAUCACGGACAUCCUGCUCUCCCUGGACGACCGCUUCCUGUUCCUCAGCUGCUGGCUGCACGGGGACGUGCGCCAGUACGACGUCUCCGAUCCCGGGAAUCCCCGGCUGGUGGGGCAGGUGUUUUUGGGCGGCAGCCUCUGCCGGGGGAGCGGCGUCACCGUGCUGGAGGAUCCCGAGCUGCCGCAGCCGCCGGAGCCCUGCGUGGUGCAGGGCAAGAAGAUCCCGGGGGGUCCCCAGAUGCUGCAGCUGAGCCUGGAUGGGAAGCGGCUCUACGUGAGCACGUCCCUGUACAGCGCCUGGGACCGGCAGUUCUACCCCGACCUCGUCAGGUCAGCGCUAAUUAGUCACUAAUUAAUCAUUCAUUAACCAUUUAUUAGUCAUUAAUUACCCGAUCAUUAGCCGUUAAUCCGGGUAUUAAUUGGCUCUACGUGAGCACGUCCCUGUACAGCGCCUGGGACCGGCAGUUCUACCCCGACCUCGUCAGGUCAGCGCUAAUUAGUCACUAAUUAAUCAUUCAUUAACCAUUUAUUAGUCAUUAAUUACCCGAUCAUUAGCCGUUAAUCCGGGUAUUAAUUGGCUCUACGUGAGCACGUCCCUGUACAGCGCCUGGGACCGGCAGUUCUACCCCGACCUCGUCAGGUCAGCGCUAAUUAGUCACUAAUUAAUCACUCAUUAGCCGUUAAUCCGGGUAUUAAUUGGCGUUUGCUGGCUCCUGGGUGUCGAUCUGCUCGUUAAUUGCUGAUUAAUUGCUCGUUAAUGGGCGGGUUGGGGACCGGUUGUUGUGUUGUUGUUGUGUUGUUGUUGAUUUAUCCGGGGCUUGACGAUUGGUUGUUAAUUGGUUGUUAAUUGGUUGUUAAUUGGGUGUUAA